GGUGCGGCGGGAAGCGGGUGGGGCUGGCCCGCUCCGCUCCCUCAGGCUCCGCGGGGCUGCCGCGCUGCUCCUGCCCGCUCACAGGUGACGCAGGAGUGGGGACAGCCCAGCCGCCACCAUGGUUGCCCUCUCGCUGAAGAUCAGCAUCGGCAAUGUGGUGAAGACGAUGCAGUUCGAGCCCUCCACCAUGGUGUACGACGCCUGCCGCAUGAUCCGGGAGCGGGUGCCCGAGGCCCAGAUGGGACAGCCUAAUGAUUUUGGGCUGUUCCUCUCGGAUGAAGACCCAAAGAAAGGGAUCUGGCUGGAGGCUGGGAAGGCUCUGGACUACUACAUGCUUCGUAAUGGGGAUACCAUGGAAUACAAGAAGAAGCAGCGGCCCCUGAAGAUCCGCAUGCUGGAUGGGACAGUGAAAACAGUGAUGGUGGAUGACUCCAAAACUGUCACAGACAUGCUCAUGACAAUCUGUGCCCGGAUUGGCAUCACAAACUAUGAUGAGUACUCGCUUGUUCGGGAGAUUAUGGAAGAGAAGAAGGAGGAGGUUACUGGCACCCUCAAGAAGGACAAGACCCUGCUGCGAGAUGAGAAGAAGAUGGAGAAGCUCAAGCAGAAGUUGCACACAGAUGAUGAGUUGAAUUGGCUGGACCACGGCCGGACCCUGCGCGAGCAAGGCAUCGACGACAACGAAACGCUGCUGCUGCGGCGCAAGUUCUUCUACUCUGACCAGAACGUGGACUCGCGAGAUCCUGUGCAGCUCAACCUGCUCUACGUGCAGGCUCGUGACGAUAUCCUGAACGGUUCACACCCUGUCUCCUUUGACAAAGCCUGUGAGUUUGCUGGCCAUCAGUGCCAGAUCCAGUUUGGGCCAUACAACGAGCAGAAGCACAAGCCAGGCUUUCUGGAGCUCAAGGAUUUCCUGCCUAAGGAGUACAUCAAGCAGAAAGGAGAGCGCAAGAUCUUCAUGACCCACAAGAACUGCGGGAACAUGAGUGAGAUCGAGGCCAAAGUUCGCUAUGUGAAACUUGCCCGUUCCCUCAAGACCUACGGGGUCUCCUUCUUCUUGGUCAAGGAGAAGAUGAAGGGGAAGAACAAGCUGGUGCCACGGCUGCUGGGGAUCACCAAGGAAUGUGUGAUGCGUGUGGACGAGAAAACCAAGGAAGUGAUUCAGGAGUGGAGCCUGACCAACAUCAAGCGUUGGGCAGCCUCACCCAAGAGCUUCACCCUGGAUUUUGGAGAUUACCAGGAUGGUUACUACUCGGUGCAGACGACGGAGGGGGAACAGAUCGCCCAGCUGAUUGCUGGCUACAUAGAUAUCAUCCUGAAAAAGAAAAAGAGCAAAGAUCACUUUGGACUGGAGGGGGAUGAGGAGUCCACCAUGCUGGAAGACACUGUGUCUCCAAAGAAGGCCCCCAAGAGCUCACAUUUCCCCUCUGAAUAUUUCACGAGAGUCCUGCAGACGUUUGUGGCUGUUCCCACUGCCAUGGCUGCCUCGCUGACCCUUUCUGUCCCCUCUCAGGACAUGCUUAUGCAGCUGGCGAAGGCAGUGGCCAGUGCUGCUGCUACGCUGGUGCUCAAAGCCAAGAACGUGGCCCAGAAGACAGAAGACGCAGCGCUGCAGACACAGGUGAUCGCUGCGGCCACCCAGUGCGCCCUCUCCACCUCCCAGCUCGUGGCCUGCACCAAGGUUGUGGCUCCCACAAUCAGUUCCCCAGUCUGCCAGGAGCAACUGAUCGAGGCUGGCAAGUUGGUGGCCAAGUCGGCUGAGGGCUGCGUUGAGGCCUCCAAGGCGGCCACCAGUGAUGACCAGCUCCUGAAGCAGGUGGGGGUGGCAGCCACAGCUGUCACCCAGGCCCUCAAUGACCUGCUGCAGCACAUCAAGCAGCACGCCUUGGGCGGGCAGCCCAUUGGGCGCUACGACCAGGCCACUGACACCAUCCUCAAUGUCACCGAGAACAUAUUCAGCUCCAUGGGCGAUGCAGGGGAGAUGGUGCGUCAGGCUCGUAUUCUGGCCCAGGCCACCUCCGACCUUGUCAAUGCCAUCAAAGCCGAUGCUGAGGGAGAGACUGACCUGGAGAAUUCACGCAAGCUUCUGAGUGCAGCCAAGAUCCUGGCUGAUGCUACUGCCAAGAUGGUGGAGGCUGCAAAGGGAGCUGCAGCCCACCCUGACAGUGAGGAGCAGCAGCAGCGGCUGCGCGAGGCAGCAGAGGGGCUGCGCAUGGCCACCAACGCCGCAGCCCAGAACGCCAUCAAGAAGAAGCUCGUACACAAGCUGGAGCACGCAGCCAAGCAGGCCGCUGCCUCCGCCACCCAGACCAUCGCCGCCGCACAGCACGCCUCCUCCUCCAACAAGAACCCUGCUGCACAGCAGCAGCUGGUGCAGAGCUGCAAGGUGGUGGCAGAGCAGAUCCCAAUGCUGGUGCAGGGUGUGCGAGGAAGCCAGUCCCAACCGGACAGCCCCAGCGCCCAGCUGGCUCUCAUUGCUGCCAGCCAGAACUUCCUGCAGCCUGGUGGGAAGAUGGUAGCUGCAGCCAAGGCCACCGUCCCCACCAUCACGGACCAAGCCUCUGCGAUGCAGCUCAGCCAGUGUGCCAAGAACUUGGCUGCAGCUCUGGCUGAGCUCCGCACAGCUGCCCAGAAGGCUCAGGAGGCGUGUGGACCUCUGGAGAUAGACUCUGCACUGGGUCUGGUGCAGAGCCUGGAGAGGGACUUGCAGGAAGCCAAGGCAGCUGCCCGUGAUGGCAAGCUCAAGCCUCUGCCAGGAGAGACGAUGGAGAAAUGUGCCCAGGACUUGGGGAACAGCACCAAAGCCGUCAGCUCCGCCAUCGCUCACCUCCUGGGAGAGGUGGCCCAGGGCAAUGAGAACUACACAGGAAUCGCUGCCCGGGAAGUGGCCCAGGCCCUGCGCUCACUCAGCCAGGCUGCUCGUGGUGUGGCUGCCAACACCUCCGACCCACAGGCACAGAAUGCUAUGCUGGAGUGUGCCAGCGACGUCAUGGAUAAAGCCAACAACCUCAUCGAGGAGGCGCGGAAAGCAGUGGCCAAGCCUGGUGACCCAGAGAGCCAGCAGCGCCUGGCCCAGGUGGCCAAGGCAGUGUCACAGGCUCUGAAUCGCUGCGUUAACUGCCUGCCAGGGCAGCGAGACGUGGAUGCUGCCAUCCGCAUGGUGGGAGAGGCCAGCAAGAGGCUACUCGCGGAUUCGUUCCCUCCCAGCACCAAGAGCUUCCAGGAGGCGCAGAGCCAGCUGAACCGGGCAGCUGCAGGGCUCAACCAGUCCGCCAACGAGCUGGUGCAGGCAUCACGUGGCACCCCUCAAGACCUGGCAAAGUCCUCUGGCAAAUUUGGGCAGGACUUCAAUGAGUUCCUGCAGGCAGGAGUGGAGAUGGCCGGCCAGUCCCCGAAUAAGGAAGACCAGGCACAGGUGGUGUCGAACUUGAAGAGCAUCUCCAUGUCCUCCAGCAAGCUGCUCUUGGCUGCAAAGGCUCUCUCUGCUGACCCUGCCGCCCCCAACCUCAAGAAUCAGCUGGCAGCAGCGGCACGGGCCGUGACCGACAGCAUUAACCAGCUGAUCACCAUGUGCACCCAGCAGGCCCCAGGCCAGAAGGAGUGUGACAAUGCCCUGCGGGAGCUGGAGACGGUGAAGGAGCUGUUGGAGAACCCCACCCAGACUGUCAAUGACAUGUCCUACUUCAACUGCCUUGACAGCGUCAUGGAGAACUCCAAGGUGUUGGGUGAGUCCAUGGCUGGCAUCUCCCAGAAUGCCAAGAACAGCAAACUGCCUGAAUUUGGGGAUUCCAUCAGUGCCGCCUCCAAAGCUCUUUGCGGGCUGACAGAGGCAGCUGCCCAGGCUGCCUAUCUUGUGGGAGUCUCGGACCCCAACAGCCAGGCCGGACAGCAGGGCUUGGUAGACCCCACUCAGUUUGCCAGAGCAAACCAAGCCAUCCAGAUGGCCUGCCAGAACCUGGUGGACCCUGCCUGCACCCAGUCCCAGGUGCUGUCAGCAGCCACCAUCGUAGCAAAACACACCUCAGCCCUGUGCAACACGUGCCGCCUGGCCUCCUCCCGCACCGCCAACCCCGUGGCCAAGCGCCAGUUCGUCCAGUCGGCCAAAGAGGUGGCCAACAGCACGGCUAACCUGGUGAAGACCAUCAAGGCCCUGGAUGGCGACUUCAAUGAGGAGAACCGGGAGCGGUGCCGUGCUGCCACCGCCCCUCUCAUAGAGGCCGUGGAUAACCUGACAGCCUUCGCCUCCAACCCGGAGUUUGCCACCGUUCCUGCCCAGAUCAGCCCAGAGGGGCGCAGAGCCAUGGAGCCCAUUGUCUCUUCAGCCAAGACCAUGCUGGAGAGCUCUGCUGGCCUCAUCCAGACUGCCCGUUCUCUGGCUGUCAACCCCAAGGACCCACCGCAGUGGUCAGUGCUGGCUGGACACUCACGCACCGUCUCAGACUCCAUCAAGAAGCUGAUCACCAACAUGAGGGACAAAGCUCCAGGACAGCGGGAGUGUGACGAGGCCAUUGAGGUCCUGAACAGGUGCAUGCGGGAGGUGGACCAGGCCUCCCUUGCUGCCAUCAGCCAGCAGCUGGCACCCCGAGAAGAUAUCUCCCAGGAGGCUUUGCACAACCAGAUGAUCACAGCUGUCCAGGAGAUCAGCAACCUGAUUGAGCCCGUGGCCGGUGCGGCGCGGGCCGAGGCGUCGCAGCUGGGGCACAAGGUGUCCCAGAUGGCUCAGUACUUUGAGCCUCUCAUUAUGGCGGCCAUUGGUGCUGCCUCCAAAACGCCCAACCACCAGCAGCAGAUGAACCUCCUGGACCAGACCAAAACACUGGCUGAAUCCGCCUUGCAGAUGCUGUACACAGCCAAGGAGGCUGGUGGGAACCCCAAGCAAGCUGCCCACACCCAGGAGGCUCUGGAAGAGGCUGUGCAGAUGAUGAAGGAAGCGGUGGAGGACCUGACCACCACCCUGAAUGAGGCAGCCAGUGCUGCAGGUGUUGUGGGGGGCAUGGUGGACUCCAUUACCCAAGCCAUCAACCAGCUGGACGAGGGGCCCGUGGGUGAGCCGGAGGGCACCUUUGUGGACUACCAGACCACAAUGGUGAAGACAGCCAAGGCCAUUGCUGUGACUGUGCAGGAGAUGGUCACCAAAUCCACCACCAACCCAGACGAGCUGGGCAUACUGGCCAAUCAACUCACCAAUGACUAUGGGCAGCUGGCACAAGAGGCCAAGCCAGCUGCCCUCACUGCUGAAAAUGAGGAGAUCGGCUCCCACAUCAAGCGCCGGGUGCAGGAGCUGGGUCACGGCUGUGCCGCCCUGGUCACCAAGGCUGGAGCCCUGCAGUGCAGCCCCAGUGACGCCUACACCAAGAAGGAGCUGAUAGAGAGUGCACGCAAGGUUUCCGAGAAGGUUUCUCACGUGCUGGCAGCUCUUCAGGCUGGGAACCGUGGCACACAAGCCUGCAUCACAGCGGCCAGCGCUGUCUCUGGCAUCAUUGCUGACCUCGACACCACCAUCAUGUUUGCUACAGCAGGAACCCUCAACCGGGAGAACUCGGAGACCUUUGCUGACCACAGGGAGGGCAUCUUGAAGACAGCCAAGGCGCUUGUGGAGGACACCAAGGUGUUGGUGCAGAACGCCACGGCCAGCCAGGAGAAGCUAGCCCAGGCUGCCCAGUCCUCUGUGACCACCAUCACCCGCCUGGCAGAGGUGGUGAAGCUGGGUGCUGCCAGCCUGGGAUCUGAAGACCCAGAAACUCAGGUGGUCCUGAUCAAUGCUGUGAAGGAUGUGGCCAAGGCACUUGGGGACCUGAUCGGUGCUACCAAGGCAGCUGCUGGCAAAGCUGGGGAUGACCCUGCUGUCUACCAGCUGAAGAACUCUGCCAAGGUUAUGGUGACAAAUGUCACUUCCUUGCUGAAGACAGUGAAGGCUGUUGAGGAUGAGGCCACAAAGGGGACACGGGCGCUGGAGGCCACGAUAGAGCACAUACGCCAGGAGCUGGCAGUGUUCUCCUCCCCGGUGCCUCCUGCCAAGGUCUCCACCCCAGAGGACUUCAUCCGCAUGACAAAAGGCAUUACGAUGGCCACGGCCAAAGCGGUGGCCGCUGGCAACUCCUGUCGUCAGGAGGAUGUCAUCGCCACGGCCAACCUGAGCCGCCGCGCCAUCGCGGACAUGCUGCGCGCCUGCAAGGAAGCAGCCUACCACCCAGAGGUGAGCGGGGACGUGCGGCAGCGGGCGCUGCGCUUUGGCAAGGAGUGUGCCGACGGCUACCUGGAGCUGCUGGAGCAUGUGCUGGUGAUCCUGCAGAAGCCGACUCACGAGCUGAAGCAGCAGCUGGCAGGCUACUCCAAGCGCGUGGCUAGCUCUGUCACUGAGCUCAUCCAGGCAGCCGAGGCCAUGAAAGGGACAGAGUGGGUUGACCCAGAAGACCCCACUGUCAUCGCUGAGAACGAGCUGCUGGGGGCAGCAGCUGCCAUUGAGGCUGCAGCCAAGAAGCUGGAGCAGCUGAAGCCAAGAGCCAAGCCCAAGCAAGCGGAUGAGAGCCUGAACUUCGAGGAACAGAUCCUGGAGGCUGCCAAGUCCAUUGCUGCAGCCACAAGCGCCCUGGUGAAGGCAGCCUCAGCGGCCCAGCGGGAAUUAGUGGCCCAAGGAAAAGUGGGCGCCAUCCCCGCCAACGCAGUGGAUGAUGGACAGUGGUCCCAGGGUCUCAUUUCAGCUGCACGCAUGGUGGCUGCUGCCACCAACAACCUGUGCGAGGCUGCCAACGCGGCAGUGCAGGGCCAUGCCAGCGAGGAGAAGCUCAUCUCAUCUGCCAAGCAGGUGGCUGCCUCCACAGCCCAGCUCCUGGUGGCCUGCAAGGUGAAGGCUGACCAUGACUCAGAGGCCAUGAAGCGGCUCCAGGCUGCUGGCAAUGCUGUCAAGAGAGCGUCGGACAAUCUGGUGAAGGCAGCGCAGAAGGCAGCUGCCUUCCAGGACCACGAUGAAACGGUGGUGGUGAAGGAGAAGAUGGUCGGUGGAAUUGCACAGAUCAUUGCCGCCCAGGAGGAGAUGCUGCGCAAGGAGCGGGAGCUGGAGGAGGCACGGAAGAAGCUGGCAAUGAUCCGGCAGCAGCAGUACAAGUUCCUGCCCUCGGAGCUGCGGGACGAGGAGCAGAACUGAGCCGCACACCCUCCCGCCCACUGCACAGACUGCUGCCCGCCCGCCUGCCCGCUCCUAUUUAAGACGAACCGCCUCAAGCGAAGGGCUGCCUGGGCUAGACCAGAGCUCUGCCCGCACCCACGGCAACAGGACUAACCCAGCUGCCCCUCCAAGCCGGCGCCGCACCAGCAACUCCGCUUUGCUGCCCAGCCCACCUUCCCACGCACACCCAAGGCACAAUCAGAGCGCUCGGAGGGACUCCGUUGGGGUGGGAGCCGGGGCUGCACUGGCUCAGGGCUCACCUGCCAGCCCCGGGGUUUGGGCCCACAGAGCUCUCCACUGCAAGGGGAUAUUUACUUGUGCCUUCCUCAUUCCCAUUUGUGCCCCUUUCCUCUCUCUCCUCCACGCGGGAUGGGGAGCAGCAGGCGGCCAGCCCUCUCCUGUGCAAUGGUGUGCAGGGAGCAGCGUGGUCUGUCGCUGAGCUCCCGCGUGGAGCUGCCUUUCACCUCCAAUGCCUUAUUGCUGGCUGAACCUUCCUCUUCAGUUUCCCCGGGAAGCACGGAGGCUCCCCCACGAGCAUCCUCUUCAGCCCGAGCCCCUCUGGGGAGCAGCAGGGCUGGAAGCCACAGUGCCUCUGCUCAGGAUGGGGGGUGAUGAGUUUACCCCCAGAGCUGUUCUCUGCCUUCCCGUGGUGCUUCUCCCCACCCGUGGCCCCAGCCAGCUCUGCCUUCCUUCUUCUUCCCAAGUGCCUGCAUUGUUUUCCAAGAUCUACAGUAUUUUUGUAACUUUUCCAUUUCUCUAGUUUUGAGCCUGCAGCUUUCAAAGUUCAUAUAUUUCCCUGCCAGCUUGUGCCCUGCCCACUAACACCCAGCUCUCGCCGGGGUCCCGUAGCCCAGUAUCCCACCCCUCCUCGGCUCCGGGACCCCCGUCCCUUCCCCUUUGCACUUGCUGAGUCGUCUCUCACUAUUUUGAUACUUCAAGCAUCCCAUAUUAAACACUGAAGGAAACCAGCUCCCCCCGAGCCUCCGGGGUGGGGUGGGGGAUGCCAGUGUCUCCUCAGAAAGAUGCAUUCAUCAAUAAAAUCUGGUUUUCCUGCA